AUGAUGGAACCAACAAAGGAAAAGCACGAAUAUGCCAACGUCGAUGAGCACGACGAUUGUUGCUCGAGCACAGAGGUGGAGGACUCCCUGAUGGGAAUGGAUGAGGAGAAGCAAUACAGAUGCCGAGACCACAUUGGCUCCCCGAGGAGACCAAGGUCGCUCGCAUCCAAGCUUCUCGCGCCCUUCAAGUCCGGCAGGUGGCUGAUCGACACGGGGCUGCUACUUGUCAUUAUCUUUCUGCUGGUAAAGGACAAGCGGAAGGAUGUGGAAAACCCGUGGCAAUUCGGAGGUGAUAUAACUGGUGUCAGCCCGAGAUUCUCAUCACAGAUUCAGACGUUCCACGUCAACCAGUCCUUUGCACCAUCCAACACAUCCGAGUUCUUCACGGACGAGGUAUUGCAGCGGUGGAACUCACUGAUGCCCCGGGGCAUGGGUUUCCAGUGGGUUAACGACACGCACAAGUACCACGACCUCCCGACGCCAAUCCUCUGGGACGAAGGCAAGACCGUCUUCACCACCUCGGUGACGCACAACCUCCACUGCCUGUUCGCCAUCGUGCAGACCUAUUCUGGCCUCAAGUCGGGCCACGAGCUGCCCGACGACCACCACUGGCACAUGAUCCACUGCUUCGACUACAUGAGGCAGGCCAUCAUGUGCUCGGCCGACAUGGCCCUGGAGGGCCUCGAGACCACAUUCCCCGACCACAAUGGCGGGUCCGAUGGUUGGGAUUCGAAGCACGUCUGCAAGGACUGGGGCCAGGUCAAGGACUACCUCGAGAGCGUGCGGGCCUAUGACGAUAAGCUUAUUUACUAG